AUGGCCACGUUAAAUUUCGCGCCAUUCAACUAUGGCUCUGAGACAUGGGAGUCUUACACGGCUCGGUUCGAAUGUUUUUUGGUCGCGCACGACCUCACCGAGCUGACGGACGAGCGGAAAUGCGCAUUUUUCCUGUCCGUCUGUGGCACAGAUGUUUUUCACACUGCCAGGGCUCUUACAGCUCCGGAGCCCAUUAAGGCCGUUCCCUGGCCCGUGCUGCUGGCGAAGCUGACAAGCCAUUAUGCCCCGUCUCCGUCCAAGAUAGCCCGCAGGCACGCCUUUCACCAGCGGAGCCAAGCUGAGGGGGAGUCCAUCAGCGCCUACGUUGCAGCGUUACGAUCAGCCGUUCUUCACUGCGAGUUCCGAGACUUGGACGAGGCCCUCCUUGACCGCCUCGUGUGUGGCCUGAGAGAUCUCAAGCUGCAGAAGCGACUGUUAACCAAAACAGAUCUCUCCUUUCAAACUGCCUUCGAUGAGGUCCGGGCGUCCGAAAUGGCUGCAGCAUCCUUAGCCACCAUCGCGAAGAGUCGGUCUGCCACAGCAGCACAGCCGGCCAAUACAUUCAGCACAGCUACAGGCCUCUUAGACUCUGAAAGUGAGGACUCGGAGUAUGAGAACUCUGAGGAGGACAUUAACCGCCUUCACGAGGCGAACAAAAAGAGCGUUCCGCAGAGGAAAGGCGACCCUAAAUCUGCAUGUGUUGGUUGCGGAGGCAACCACGAAAGAGCUGAGUGCAGAUUUAGGCAAGCCCUCUGCCAGCGAUGUGGCAGGAAGGGCCACAUCGCUCGGGUGUGCCGAGCCGCGCAGCCCAUGUCCUCCUCUGAAUUCCAAACCGAUCGGUCUCGACAACCGAGGAACCGAAAUAGUGGCCCCAAGAAAGCCAGGAUGGACUGUCACGCCAUCCUCCGAAAUGCCACCCAGGAUCUCUCCUGCCACCAGCUCCAGAAAAAGAUACAGCUAACUGUUACCGUGGAAGGAAAGCCCUGCGAGAUGGAGUUAGACACCGGAUCCGCAACUUCCAUCGUGUCCUGGAGCACGAUUAAGCGCCUGCUGCCACAGCUGUCAAAACGCCAAUUACAAGACUGUAAUCUGACGUUAAGAGACUAUCAGGGCAACCUGAUCCCAGUAAUUGGCACCCGCAAAGUCAGAGUGCAGUUCAAGGGGUUCGACGGCCGGUUACCCCUCAUCAUAGUGGAAGGCCGGUUGCCCAGCCUUCUCAGCCUCGAUUGGUUCCAGUCCCUAGGCCUGCAGAUCAGCAGAAUCCACCAUCUAAGCGAGUCAGCUCUUGAUUGCCUAGUAGCAGAGUUCCCUGCGGUGUUUGAUGGCUCACUAGGCAAAUACACUGGCACACCCGUGUCUUUCAACCUUGACCCGUCAGUACAGCCAGUGCGGAUGAAGCCUCGCCGAGUCCCCAUCGCACUCAAACCAAAAGUGGACGCAGAAUUGGACAGGCUGGUGGCUCAAGGCGUCCUGGAGCCAGUGGACCAUGCCCGGUGGGAAACACCCAUUGUGUUACCCAUCAAGCCAGAUGGCAGCGUGAGGAUUUGCGCUGACUACCGCUGCUCGAUCAACCGUGCCCUGCCUUCCAACGCGUACCCAGUGCCAGUGGUCCAGCAUUUGCUGCACACCUUGGGCGAGGGGACUGUUUUCGCGAAGCUCGACCUCGCCCAAGCGUAUCAACAGUUGGUGGUGGACGAUGAAGCAGCAGAAGCCCAGACAAUCAUCACGCACCGGGGCGCUUUCCGUUGCCGCAGAUUGCAGUUUGGGGUCAGCAUCGCCCCAGGACUGUUCCAGAGUUUGAUGGAGCGGCUGCUCCAAGGACUCAGAGGCGUCGUUCCCUAUUUUGACGACGUCCUCGUGUCAGCCACCUCCCUGGAUGAACUAAUGGCCCGAUUGCGCUUAGUUCUCCAACGUUUCCAACAAGUGGGACUGAAGGUCAAGAGAGAUAAGUGCCAAGUUGCGGUAGCCCAGAUAGAAUUCCUUGGUUUCCUCAUUGAUGGCAGUGGCAUCCACCCCACGGCUGCCAAGACCAAAGCCAUCGUGGAGGCCCCUGCCCCCACUAACAGAGCUGAGUUACAGGCCUUUUUAGGCCUACUUAAUUUUUACGCUCAGCUCCUCAUCUCCAACGAUGUUCUAGUACAAUACAGCGAGCACUUGCCUCUCGUACUCGCUUGUGAUGCUUCCCCUUACGGGGUGGGCGCCGUCCUUUGCCACCAGUUACCCAGCGGAGCAGAGGUGCCAGUUGCCUAUUUUUCACGCACGCUCUCUGCCUCUGAACGUAACUAUGCCCAAAUUGAUAAAGAGGCUCUUGCCAUUGUGGCUGGGGUGCGCCGGUUCCACCAUUACUUGUACGGCCGGCCAUUUCAAAUUGUCACGGAUCACAAGCCCCUGCUCGGGCUACUAGCUGGAGAUCGCCCUGCCCCUCAGGUUCUCUCCCCACGCAUGACCCGCUGGUUUGUUUUCCUCGCAUCAUACGAAUACCAGCUGCACCACAGACCGGGGAAGCAGAUCGCACACGCCGACGCCCUCAGCCAUUGCCCCCUGCCAGAGGCCUUGGAAGAUCCUGCUGCUGCUGCACCUGUAUUCCUUAUAGACGACCUCAACCUUCCACUCUCUGCCGCCGACAUCGCCCGGGAGUCCGCAAGGGAUCAGGUAAUUUCCCGGGUGCUAGACUGGGUUAAGCGAGGGUGGCCGAAAGACCCCGUAGACCCCAUUUACCUCCCCUUCAAGUCACGCCUGGCGGAGCUAUCCGUUCAGCGCGGCUGUUUGCUGUGGGGCCAUAGGGUUGUCGUGCCGGCCUCACUAAGGACUACCGUCCUGCGGCAGCUGCAUCACGCUCACCCAGGAAUUGUCCGGAUGAAAGCCUUAGGUAGAAGCUAUGUUUGGUGGCCCAAGCUUGACCAAGACAUAGCCGACCAUGUCGCCGGCUGCCCACAAUGCCAGAGUGCCCAGGCGCUGCCGCCUAAAGCAGAGCCGCGAACGUGGGAGCCCCCUUCCACCCCAUGGUCCCGAAUUCACGUUGAUUUUGCAGGCCCCAUUCACGGCCGAAUGCUCUUUAUUGCUGUUGACGCCUUCUCGAAAUGGGUCGAGGUCGUCCACAUGUCCUCCACUACUGCAGACGCGCUAAUCGCGACCCUGCGCCACCUUUUUGCCACCCAUGGCCUGCCCGACGUGUUGGUGUCCGAUAACGGACCGCAACUGACAGCAACCAAGUUUGAGGCUUUCCUUGCUUCCCACGGCAUCCGGCAUGCCCUCACCUCCCCGUUCCAUCCCGCUAGCAAUGGCUUGGCGGAGCACGCUGUUCGCUCCGUCAAAGAGGCUCUUUCCAAAUUAGAUCACCUUCCCUGGCAGGAACGAAUUGAUGCCUUCUUGCUAGCCCAACACUCUACUCCCUCGCCAGAGACGAACAUGAGCCCAGCCGAGCGUCUCAUGGGACGGCGGUUGCGGACAACCCUGGACCGUUUGCACCCCACUUAUUCCGCUCCGACCCCAUUGGAUUCCCGGGGAGGGUCCCGCUCCUUCGCCCAGGGGGAGGCAGUGUAUGCCCGGAAUUAUGUAGGACAUCCCUUGUGGCUACCGGGCAUAAUCACUGACCAGACCGGGCCCUGCUCCUACAGGGUCAGGCUCCUCGACGGCAGAGUCUGGAAACGCCACUGCGACCAGUUGCGGAGCAGGCACCAACCACCAACAAGUCAGCAGCAGUCAACCGACCUGCCAACACCGACGGGCCCGACGACCGACGCCGAGCACGGAAACGAGGAGGCCAGCCGAGAACAAGCAGCCGGAGCCCCAAACCGAAGCGGCGACUUACUUGGUGGGCCAGCACCAUCCUUCGUUCUCCGGCGGCCCGGGCGAUCGCCGUCCUCCGAUGCAGAGUCCUCGGCCGAACAACCAGAACCUCCAAACGGUGCAGAAGGGCCUAGGGCAUCUGGCCGCAUCAGGCGGUGUCCAGCAUAUUUACAAGACUACGCCUGCGUGAACUUAAGGGGGGAGGAGUGUUAUGUUCUGAGCUUGCGCUGA